AUGUUAGCUAUAUUUGAGGCGCUUAUAGUCUCCCGUCUCCAAUAUGGAUCUCAGGCCUUUAGCAAUGCCUCUCCUACACAGUUAGCUAAAUUAGAGGCCACCUAUAAUGUUGCCCUCAGAAUAGUGUCGGGGGCCCAUCUCGGCACCCCCAAUGACAGCAUCAGGGUGGAGCUUGGAGUACUUCCGUUGAGUAGAUAUGUUUUUGAAAGUGCUGAAGCCUUGUCGUUCAGACUAGCGGCCCAGGCUCAUAUUAGAACAUCACCACAAACGGCCCAGGCUCAUACUGGAGCAUUACCACAAGUUUCCCAGGUUGAUACUGGAGCAUUACCACAAGAGACCCAGGUUGAUACUGGAGCAUUACCACAAGAGACCCAGGCUGAUACUGGAGCAUUACCACAAGAGGCACAGGCUGAUACUGGAGCAUUACCACAAGAGACCCAGGUUGAUACUGGAGCAUUACCACAAGAGACCCAGGCUGAUACUGGAUCAUUACCACAAGAGGCACAGGUUGAUACUGGAGCAUUACCACAAGAGACCCAGGUUGAUAUUGGAGCAUUACCACAAGAGACCCAGGCUGAUACUGGAGCAUUACCACAAGAGGCACAGGCUGAUACUGGAGCAUUACCACAAGAGGCCCAGGUUGAUACUGGAACAUUACCACAAGCGGCCCUGGCUGAUACUGGAGCAUUACCACAAGCGACCCAAGCUGAUACUGGAGAAUUACCACAAGAGGCCCAGGUUGAUACUGGAACAUUACCACAAGAGGCCCAGGCUGAUACUGGAGCAUUACCACAAGAGGCCCAGGCUGAUACUGGAGCAUUGCCACAAGAGGCCCAGGUUGAUACUGGAGCAUUACCACAAGAGGCCCAGACUGAUACUGGAGCAUUACCACAAGAGGCCCAGGUUGAUAUUGGAGCAUUACCACAAGCGGCCCAGGCUGAUACUGGAGCAUUACCACAAGAGGCCCAGGCUGAUACUGGAGCAUUACCACAGGAGGCCCAGGUUAAUACUGGAACAUUACCACAAGCGGCCCAGGCUGAUACUGGAGCAUUACCACAAGCGGCCCAGGCUCAUAUUGGAACAUUACCACAAGCGGCCCUGGCUCAUACUGGAACAUUACCACAAGCGGCCCUGGCUCAUACUGGGGCAUUACAACAAGCGGCCCAGGCAGAUACUAGAACAUUACCACAAGCGGCCAGGCUCCGCAGACGAAGAUGUGCCUAA